CAGGGGACCCCCCUCUGGAUCCUGUGACUCCGUUUCCUCGUUGAGUUUGAUGUAUUUAAUUCGAAAAACCCUCCUCUUGGGUCUCACUCUCCCACUCCUCUUCUUUGCCUUUUCUCGGUGGAUACAAUUAGACCCUGCUUCUGGUGUCGCCGGUACCCAGCGGUCUGCCGGGCGGGCGGAUUAAUUGUAAUUCUUCAAAAUGGCAGGUGUAGUCCCCACAGCUCCUGAGAAGUCGUCAGAUGAAAUGAAAAAUGAGGCAACAUUGCCAGAUCUAAGGCCAGAUGCCCCUCCACAAUAUAAUUCUCAUUUUGUGCCAGGACCACCGGGAGCAGCGGUCCCUCCACCUGCAGGCUACCCAGGAGGCCUGCCUAUGGGAUACUAUGGUCCACAGCAGCCCAAUACCUUCCCCUUGGGCCAGCCAACUGCUAGUACCAGUCUUAUCCAGUAUCAGCCUGGCAGAUACCCAAUGCCGAAUCAGCCUGUCGCAGUUGCGUGGAUGCCAGGGCCACCUCCUGUGCCAAACUGCCCUCCUGGUCUGGAAUACUUAACUCAGCUGGACCACAUACAUGUUAUUCAGCAUUUUGAGCCUCUGGAAAUGAUAACACGUCUUGAAACCAAUAAUAGAUAUGAUGUUAAAAACAACUCAGGCCAAAUGGUUUACCUCGUAAAUGAGGACACAGAUGACUUUACCAGGAAUGCUUAUCACUCACUAAGGCCCUUCGUCCUCCGGGUCACUGACUGCAUGGGCCGGGAAAUCAUGACAAUGCAGAGACCUUUCAGAUGCUCCUGCUGUUGCUGCUGCUGCCCCUCAGCCAGGCAAGAGAUGGAGGUGCAAUGUCCCCCUGGCGUCACCCUUGGCUUUGUUAGAGAACGUUGGAGUUUGUGCCGGGCAGUUUACAGCAUUCAAAAUGAGAAGAAAGAGAAUAAGAUGAGAGUGCGUGGGCCAUGCUCAACCUGUGGCUGUGGUUCAGACUCUGUUUUUGAGGUCACAUCCCCCGAUGGUGUCCACAUUGGCAGCAUUAUUAGGAAGUGGCAUGGUGUGAUGUCUCUAACAACAGAUGCUGACCACUUUGAGAUUCAGUUCCCCUUGGACUUGGAUGUGAAGAUGAAGGCCAUGAUUUUUGGAGCCUGUUUCCUCAUUGACUUUGUGCAUUAUGAAAGUGCUCCACCUCAGCGUUCAUCAAGAUAGAGGCAUGGAGCCAAUCAUCAAUUAUUGUUAACAGAAAGAAAUUAGAAAAGUUGGGCCUGGCUUAUAAUCAAUCCUUAAUUAUUUGCAAGUAUAAUUUUCUGCUUUGCACAUUAUUAUUAUUGAAUGUUAGCUUUGACAGGUACUAAGAGUCUGUAUGCAAGAAAGAAUAUCAUCUAAAGAUGGAUGUUUCUGUCUCCUUGGUAAAGAGGAAUUCAUUGUAAAACCUUGUGACUUGUACUUAAAAUACUAUGAAAAAUUAAUACCCUAGAGACACAAAAGGAAGAAAAAUGAAUCCCUGAGAGCUCAUAAUAGUACGUAGCAAGAUGGUGGGCUUUUAAGGGCAAUCUUUGUUGGGAUAAAGGAACAUGGCUUUUGUCUGUAACCCUCUCUUAUGUCUCUGCAUCAGCAUGUCCAACAAACUUGAUUCCAUAUGACAAAAUAAUACUCUUCAUCUUUAUUUAAAAUAAACAGACAGAAACAUGUUUUAUUGUAGCAGGAAAGCUUACUUGUGCACAUGUAUCAAAAUCUCAAUCAGCAAAACUUACAAAAGUUUCACUGGGAAAUAUGAUUUUUUAUGGAAUAAAACAUGUGUAUUUUUGAUCUUAACAUUUGUAUUUUCCAAACCUGUUCUCUUAUUUUACCACUAUGGACAAUCAGGAGGUGCCUACACAUGGGAGCAGAAUCAGAUUAUCAAGGAGUGAGCUGACCAAAGCCAGCUCUAGUCAAGAUGUCUGAGCAGAUUAGAGACAUCAGUGCUCUGAUAAGAAGCUUGCUUUUAAUACGUAACACUUUCAUACACUUACACAUAUCCUCUUUUAGUCACAGAUGCCUUAUAUAGAAAAUGUUUGUGUCAGAAGAGCUAGAUUGCCUUUUGUACCUGUGUGGCCUAUUUCAUGUGACACAGAA